AUGCGAGGCACGGACAAGAGAGAUGUGCACCUGCUCGCUCACAUCAGCGCACCGAGCAGUCGAGGCGACGAUGAUCGCUACAGGGCGCAGAUUGAGAGUUACUUGAGAUGCUCUGGCACACGCAGGCGCCGAGCUGCCCCCCGGCCGGUGGCAAGCACCGAAGUCCAACGCUCGCAAGGCGGACCUGAUGUUUACGAACAGGAAGAAGAGGUCACGGAUCCUCAUGCUUCUGGGUCCUUUAUUGAAGACACGCAGCUUGCUUGGACUGCGCUGGAGUCUCAGUUGCCUACUUCGUCUCUGGCUCCGAUCAGGUCUGCAACGAAAAGGGCAUUGUCUGUCAAUAACUCGACGGCAGGAGCUCGUGGAUCGAAAGCCACAUGGUCUUCACAAGAUGGGUAUAGACGCAUUGAAUUGACGCCCUCUCGUCAAAGGCAACGGGAAAACCCUCGCGAGUUUCGUCAGUCUUCCGGAAACAGAGAAUCAGGAGUUGCAUUAUCCUCUUCAGCGCGUGAAGAUAGGAAUCAGCACCACGUCAACUCACUUGAUCGGCGCACCCCCGACGAAAUCAUUGGCUCAAAUGAGACAACCUCAGAGUUGCCGACGUCUUAUUCUCUGAGUGAAGGCACCUCCGGAAGCUCGAAAGAGCGCGAGCAGCUUUCCCUGCGCUCCGCAAGUGACCCAGGACCUCAGCUGGGUGCUUUGGUUGCCGACAUAGUUGACGCAUCGAAGCUCCGAGGGCAGGACCGAUCACCAGAUAAGAAUACGGGCUGCGAGGUCCGCAGUAACAUUGCUAGACGUCGUCAACCGGCGCCUUUGACAGAAACAGACGCACAGCCGGCACAGCCAGCAAUCGAUGAUGCGACGUUGUGUCUCCUGCAAUCCUUGUCAACAACGAUCCAUCCUCCGAGUCCGGAGGUAUCACUUCGUGCAUUCUCAUCUCAUGUGACACCAGCAAUGGAGCAUCUGGCACAGGAGAGUGCUGUUAGUGAUUGCUUCAAGCCAGUCGCUAUCUUCAGGGAGCCAGAGCUUCUCGAACGAGGGCAUUGGAGUAUCGACUGCUCUCCUUGGCCUCUCGAGGAGCAGGUGAAUUUCUGGCGGACCUUGCAAGAUGUCGGUGGUAGUGGAAGAGCCGGAUGGGGCGUCUGGUGCAGUCGAGGUGCUCCUAUUCAGUGCGAGGACAAGACCAGUCCAGAGAGGUACGGCGAGGCUGGCGGGACCACGAAGUCGGCAACUGAGACCGCUUCUGUUGGACCCAUCCGAGUCUACUGCUGGGGAGAAGUCGUCAAGCACGUAUAUUUGAUGCUAUACGUUGCGAGCAAGAGUAGAGUUCGAAGACUUGGCCUUCAGUGGAUCGAUUCAGAAGGCACAGUCAUCGUGCAGAUGCCAAGACCCAAGUGA